GCCUGACAACGAGAGCGGUUCACUUGGAGAUAGCGUACUCAUUAUCUGCCGAUUCGUGUAUCCUGGCCAUUCGGAGUUUUAUGGCCAGACGCGGCGUCCCACGUGAAUUUUGGAGUGAUAACGCCACCAAUUUCAAGGCCACACAGCGGGAACUCAGUGCUUCCUUUAACGAAAUGGACAAGGACAAGCUUGUACGCGCCUUUACGAGCUCUUCCAUGAAGUGGAUGUUCAUACCACCAGCAUCGCCACACAUGGGUGGUGCCUGGGAAAGGCUAGUUAGGUCGGUAAAAGACGUCCUUUCGAAGAUACUACAAUCGCAACGACCGUCUGACGAGCUAUUGCGAGGAGCCUUAAUGGAAGUCGAAUCCAUCGUCAACUCCCGACCACUCACCUACAUACCGCUGGAUCACUAUGAAGACGAGGCUCUCACACCAAAUCACUUCUUGAUUGGCAGCUCCAGCGGAAUGAAGCCCUUGAUAGAGUUUGUUGAUGAAGCAGUUCAAUUGCGAAGAGGUUGGAGAUGUGCUCAGCAACUGGCGGAUGCAUUCUGGAGACGUUGGGUGCGCGAAUAUCUACCCGUAAUAACUCGGCGAACAAAGUGGUUCGAAAAGGUAAAGCCAAUUGAAGAAGGGGACGUCGUCUACCUAGUGGACCCGAACGGUCCGAGAAGCUGCUGGCCCAAAGGUCGAGUGAUCUCUGUUAGAGUAGGCUCUGACCAACAGGUGAGGAGCGCUUUGGUGAAGACUAGCGCUGGUAUAUACGAGCGACCGGCCACGAGACUUGCCGUACUUUCCGUGAGUAUACCGGAGAAUGGGGUAGAUCCGAAGGAUAUACCAGGGGGGAGUGUUAGAAAAGAUACGGCAACACCCUAGUGAAUCGAAAGGAAUUUAUGGGGGACGUUUCUGCGAUUGUUUUGACAUUCUGCCUUUUUGAUCUCUUUUUUGCACGUGUGCACACAUAAAUUGAAAAUUUAAAUCAGGAUUGAUCCCUUUUUGUACUAAAAUAUUUCAAACGACAGUCAAAUAAAAGCGUUUUGAGAAUUUGGGCGUGGGAUCCAUCACUGAAUCCGUAACAAUAGGUAUUGAGGCAAGCUAUCUUAAAAAAAAUGCAUUUUUAAUUUUUUAUGAAAAGUGCUGUAAUUUUUUGGUAAAAAAAAUUAAAGCGUCAGAUCGAAGGAAAUAACCCAUAGUAUCGAAUAGAUAUACAAUUAUUUUCAAAUAAAAAUACAAAUUAGAACGAAAAAAUGUUCGAUUUGUGAGAAUCGAAAA